AACCAUUUGAAUACAGAUCGGGAAGUUUUUACCCUCGACUUGGACUGAAAUGCUAAAUUAAUUGUUAUUUUAUAGUUGUGAUUAAUUUUUUGAAAAUGUGAAUUUGUCAGAAAAAAAUGGGAUUAAUUUUCCGCACCAUAACAUUCUUCUAAAAUGGAGAUUAAAAUAAGGUUUUCAAUAUAAAAAAAAUAAAAAUGGAAUGUCAACAUAUCAAAAAUGGAGGAUUGUAUUUUGUAAUUAUUCUUUUGGUAGCUGUUGUUUGUAGUGAUGGCGCCUGUACAUUUCCGUCCGCCCUGAAUGGUGAUUGGUAUAGUAGUAAUGGGGGAGAGUUGACAUUCACAUCAAAUACAUUUUCUAAUUUCAAAGUUGCAUCAUUCGGUACUUUUACUUUUACUUGUGAAAUGAGCAGUGGCACGCAAUAUGUAAGCAGUUCAGAAGUAUUUUACGUGUUUGCCCUCCCAUUUGUUGCCUACAUUUGUAUGGAUUUAACCGCCCUUUCAGGAUACAAGUAUCGCUACUACCAGGCAACAACACAACUGAAAGACGCGGAAUACGCCAGAUUAAAGAUCUACCUAAAUAACACAGUGACGGUCUCCGACAUCAAUACAAUAUGCGAGCUGACAGACUAUUCAACUUUAAGUUAUCACAUGCUUCUAAAAAAUAACACUAUAUCUAGUCAGAAAAUUCAAUGUCCAGAUUCAUUUCUGGGAACGUUUAAUUAUACCUACGAUACCGGAAGCGGAAAUCUGUGUGCUGCUAGCAGUGGAUUAGACGUUUGUACAGACAAAUCCACAAUGACCUUUGAUUACUCACUAUGCUCCGAGACCCAAGCUUAUUCUGCUGGCGGUAUAGUAAAUUGUUUGUACUCCUCUACGUCAGGAUCUGCGACAUUGCUUCACGUCUUUAACUUAGAUUCUACAACAGAUGAAACCACAUAUUAUAGAUUCACGUGUUAUGUAAUUGAAACAAUUAAUAGCGUUGUGUAUGCUACACAAUAUCCACAGGAUUGUCAUUAUGGACAGAAUGCCACAAAUGUUAAUGCCACUGGUGGAAACUUGGUUCUAACAGCAGAAUCUAUUUGUGUGCCCGAGACAGUAGCUGCAGCUAGUAUAGGAAUCUACAUUGCCAUCGUUAUUCUGCUUCUAAUUAUCAUCAUCGCCAUUAUAUUUGCAAUAUAUAUGUGGAAGAAGAAAAAAGAAGAAGAAAAAAGAAAGAAAAUGGAAGAAGAAGAGAGACGGCUUCGACAGAAUACAAUUAGGGAAAAGAGAGAAAACCCCGAUUUGAGACCGGAAAUGGAUCUUGGACUUCCGGACGAUUCUAAAUAUAACAUCGAUCGUCUAAUAUACAGCGAUGACAAAAUGGUUACACCUUCAAAUAUAGAAAUUGAAAGAUUGAGAUCCCAAGGAUUUGAGGGAUUUGAUGGAUUCGAUGAUGAUUACAUGGACGAUUUUACUCGACAAAAUAUGAUUGAUGCUUCCUUGUUCAUGGACAAGCGUCAGCGCCUUGAUCCUAUCGAUGAGAUGGAAGGCAGUGAAAGAGGAAGCGCGUCUUUUAUGAAAAGAUUCAAGGAACUCGCACGAAGCAGAAUAAAAAGAAAGAAAAGAAAAGGUGGAAAAUCGAAAGGUAAAGGAAAGAAAAAGAGUAAAAAGGACGCUGAUGGCAAUGUUGUGAAAAAGAAGAAAAGGUUAGUCCUUGACCUUGGAACUAUCGAUGCCGAAGAUUGGGAAUCUGACGAAGAUUUUGAUGGAGACGAAAAUGGGGAUGACGAUGUAAACCUACCAGGACAAGUUGAACAUUUGGAAGGAGAAAUGCCUUCUGCGAAUGGAGGAAUUGGACCAGUGUUGUCACAGAGGAAUGUUUUAGCAAACAGAAAAGUUGACCAGGAACCACAAGGCAAAAAGAAAAAGAAGAAAAAGAAGAAAAAGGAAUGUGAUACUGACGAUGAAGAUGUGGAAAUGGAUUUGGAAAUAGCUACGCCAAGACUUAUUCUUCCAAACUUACGCCCUGAAAAUACAGAAACAGAUCAGGAUAAUAAAAAGAAAAAGGGUCUAUCUACAUUGGCGCCACCUGUUACAAAGAGAAAGUCGUUAUCGUCCCUCAGGAGUUUCCCCUCAAUGAGAAGUGCAAAGGUGAAUAAUUGGACACAAGAGCAGGACUUGGAUUUACCGCUUUUCUUUGAAGAUCCGAAAUUAAAAGACCUACCUCCGCUCCAAAGAGUAAAUAGAAAGAAAAAUCCGAAACUAUGGUCCGACAUCCUUGCCAAAUUUGGUGGGGAUUUAAAACUUGGCAAUGACCCAAAUAGGCUUAGAUGGUCGGAAAGUAAAUGGCGUAAUUUAUUGGAGGAGCUUUACACUGACAAAAAAUACUUUGACUAUAUGACAAAAUCAGCGAAACACAACCCCGCAGAAAGAGACGUUGUUGGAGAAGCCAACGAAGGACUUGGUUAUCUGUUGGAUAGAGCUAAUUUCUGGAAAGAGCAAGAACCCAUAUCAGUUCGCCCACCUUCAUGGAGAUCACAUUCUUUUGCACAUUCCGCAAGUUCUCCACGGGGGAAAACCCCAAAGAAAUCGAAAUCUUUCGUAAAUUCUACAUCUGUUAAAACUACAAAUGACACAGUAUCAGAAGAAAGCUCUGGAGGUGAUUCGAAAGAAAAUUCAUCACUUCAAAAAGAGGAAUUGUCACCGAAUGAUAUUUCUACACUCCACAGGGAAAAAUCAAGGCUUUCAAGAGAGAAAUCAAUGAUUAAAAAAGAGAAGUCAAACAUUUCUAAAGAGAAAUCUUCUCUCCAAAGAGAAGUGUCGAAUGUUUCUAAACCAACACAUUCAGUAAGAAGAGAAAGAUCGUUUAUGGAUUCGCCAAAGUCGUCGCCAUCUAAUAACAAUUCUCCGUUCGACAACUCUAAAAGUAACACACCACGAGCGAAAAAAGUUCAUUUGCCAAACAUAGAUGAUGCAAAUAAGGUGUACAAAAUGGACUUAAUGCCGAAAACUCCUUUGACACAAGUUAGAAUAGAUAUUGACAGAGAAGAAUCCAUUCUAUAGUGAUGUUCAUUGUGAAUUGUUCUGGUUCAACUGUGAUAUUUACUGAUAUGUUUUGUAGCGUGAAUUAUCAAUUCCUUGUGGCUGAAGUCGUCAUCAGCAUUUCCAUAUUUGUGACUCAAAUUAAUUGAAAAAACUGUUUUUGAAUCAAAUGAUAUUGUACAGUAUAUUAAACUUGAAAAUAUAUCAAUGAGGUAAAAAAUCACGAAACAAAUAUAUCACCACAAUAAGAUGGUUUACAAAAAUCCUUGACCCCCACUUAUAUAAAAUCUAGCAAUGAAAGACGAAACAUAAUCGAAAGAUACAAAAAAUGCCUGAUAUAUGGAGAAAUAUUCACUUAAACUUAUCCCAAUACAUUCUUAAUAUGUAUGCCUAGAUUUUUGCCUAUUGUUUGUAGAUUUUAAUGAGUGCUCUGAUAUAUGUUUUCUUUUGUAUAUAUAUACAUUUGACCUACAGAUUAAAGGUACUUUCUGUUGUAAACGGAUAUCAAAUAGGUCUAAAUAAUGAUACUGGAAUUACAGCUUAUACUUUCAAAAUUA